UCUCUAAUGAGGACUCAACUCACGCCCUGAAAGACGCCUCGGAAAAUAGGCUUUACUUCCAAGGUCCGGACUACACGGUGAACCUGAUUCCUUUGGCCAUUCUCAUCAAAAUCAUUUUCGUCAUCGGAUACGUCAUUAAAUAUCUCUUGGACGAAUCGAACGAGGUUGAUACCUAUGGAUCCACUGGCACGGGCUAUGGUGGCUCUCAAAGUGGGAACUCAUACGAAUCGCCGGCACAAGGGUACAAUUCCCCAUCUUAUGAGCCUCCAGCUUCAAGCUACGAUGCUCAUAGCUCGUCCAAUUCGUUCGCUUCUUCCGGUUCUUCCUAUCAGGCUCCUGCGAGUAACUCCUAUUCAGCACCGAGUUCUGGAUAUUCCUCACCUCAUGGUUCCAGGGUUGAUGGAGUUAAGUCGGUGAUGACCACGGCAUUGGAGAAAUUGGCCGAUCUGGGCGUGUCGGGAGUGGUCAAGCUCUCCACCAUGCUGUCAGGAGAAGAUUCCAAUGGGGUCAAAGAGGACAUCAAAAUCCAUGAUGCUUACGGCAAUGACAUCACUGAUCAGGUUGUGUAUUUGAACGACCAGAGACAAGGAAAGUUGGAGGAUGGUCCAUUUGCCAAAAUCCUGAAUAGUGGAUUCCAAAGUGUGAGGCGAUCGUAUUUGGACACUGAACAAGUAAGACAGAGAUUGCGCAAAAGAACCCGGAAAGAUGAACCUCGACCAGUAAAGAACGACCCAUCUGAAUUUCAAGGGAGCCCCGCUGAAUCAGGGACUGCCAAUCCGACCCCGUUUAUGAACAUGUUGCCCAGCCAACGGUUGACACCCCAAGAUAAUCAAGAUCCCUACGUUCAAGACUACUACUAUACUGAAGGAAUUUGGGGCACGAACCCAAAACAACAUUCAAACUGAUGCUGACGUUAGACCCGUGGACUAUACUUCCUUUAAACCUAACCCAAAGGACAUAGUACGCCGACCAUCGACCAUUCAAAAGAUUCUUUUGGAUCAAAACAAGGAUAAACUACCAUUUCCGACUACUCAAUCUGUUCAAGCUGCACUGUGGUCAGGAUCGGCAGACGAAUCAAAAGUUACCCCUUUGUAUGGAAGUAAAUUACAACAAACCAAAUAGACACAUUGUCAUAUCCAUUUGAAAGUAAUUUUGUACUUUUUACAAAUAUAUUGCGGAGAAAGAUCAA